GCGGGCGGCCCCCGGGCAGAAGCCACUGACAUCUCCGCUGCUGGCCCUGAAGGACCGGAAAGCCCUGGCCCGGGGCCUGAGGGGCGACGGCAUUAGGGUUCCCUGCACCAUCCGGGCGGUGCCCGAAGUGGCCUUCUCGCGGGGCUGUGCUGCUCGUAGAUCCGGGAAAGGCCUGCACGGGUUUUUGCUUGCGUUUGAGGAUCCUUGCUUGCACAUUUCUGGAUAUUUUGUUGAACGUCUAAAGAAUUCAGAGAAACUGCUGAGUGAUCACUGAAAGAAAGAUCUAAUCUUCUUACGGCUUACAUCUGUUUUUCCUCAUCUCUCAGUCUUCGGACAAGAUAACCACAGAACAGAGCAGAGUAGGAUCAAUACGGUGUAUCCCAUCAACCACAUCAAAUCAGAAUAAUGUCCUACGUUUUUGUAAAUGAUUCUUCUCAGACUAACGUACCCUUGCUACAAGCCUGUAUCGACGGAGACUUUAACUAUUCCAAGCGGCUUUUGGAAAGUGGCUUUGACCCAAAUAUUCGUGACAGCAGGGGCAGAACAGGCCUUCACCUGGCAGCAGCCCGAGGGAAUGUAGACAUCUGCCAGUUGCUGCAUAAGUUUGGUGCUGAUCUUCUGGCCACAGAAUAUCAAGGAAACACGGCCCUUCAUCUUUGUGGCCAUGUGGAUACUAUUCAAUUCUUAGUUUCCAAUGGACUCAAAAUUGAUAUUUGCAAUCAUCAAGGUGCUACACCCUUAGUUCUGGCAAAGCGCAGAGGAGUGAAUAAAGAUGUCAUCCGAUUGCUGGAAUCUCUGGAAGAACAGGAGGUAAAAGGAUUUAACAGAGGAACCCACUCGAAACUGGAGACCAUGCAGACAGCUGAGAGUGAAAGUGCCAUGGAAAGUCAUUCUCUCCUCAAUCCCAACCUUCAGCAAGGUGAAGGAGUCCUCUCCAGCUUCCGAACCACAUGGCAGGAGUUUGUAGAGGAUCUGGGCUUCUGGCGGGUGUUGCUCUUGAUCUUUGUCAUUGCGUUGCUGUCCCUUGGCAUUGCCUACUACGUGAGUGGGGUGCUACCCUUCGUGGAAAACCAGCCUGAACUGGUGCAUUAAAGAAGCUCAUGGGAGAAGAGGAGUCAAAUGCUCAUUUCUUGGCUUCUAAUAUUUGUUCUCAGUUUGUCAGAAUUCUUCUCUUAGUGCAAGGCAGUGAAAGCUGCACUUUUUUUGUUGUUGUUGCAUUUUUACUUGUCAUCCUUUUAGGAGCCCUGGUGGUGCAGUGGUUAAAAUGUUAAGCUGCCAACCAAAAGGUCGGCAGUUCUAACCCAUCAGCCACUCCAUG